GCGAAUCAGUUGACACGCAGCUUUAUGUGACAUUCGUGGCGAGAGCGGACCACCAUAAACCAAUCCGUAUCUUUUCGCCCCGUCGGCUCAGCGCUUAAACUGAAAUAAACGCAACGAGAUACAAUUCACAUCUUUCACAUCAAUUUGGCACAAAUUAAUUGGCGAAACGGAACUGCUCACUUAACGCUAUUUAAUGUCCAUCGUUUGUGUAGCGCGCAUGUGAUAAAAAUAACGCAAUAGGCUCAAUUAAUUAUCAAUCAGCAUCUCAACACUUUAAAUAUCGACUUGUGUGUGCAUUUCGAGUGUGUUUAACUGGUUUCUAUGCUUGUAAAGUCCACUUAAAGCCCAUUUGCCAUGGAAGAGUAUCCCUUUCAGUGGGCCCUUUGACAUUUCCACUGUGCCAGGAUCCGCAGUUCCAGGCAUCGAGUGCCGCAGGAGCAGCGACAGGAGCAGCCACAACACUUGGAAUAUGUUGUAUAAUGUGCCGUGCUAUCAAAACUUCUCAACGCUGGAUUACUACAAAGUUAAACGUCCCAAGACAGAGCACACGGAUACACAUGAACGCAACCGCCUCUGCAAUCUGUCACAGCAGCAACAGCAACCCCAGCAGCAACAGACGCAUCAGCAGCAGCAGCAGCAGCAACAGCAGCAGCAACAACAGCAGCAGCAAUCCCAUCAGCAAUCCCAUUCCAGCACCGUGUUGGCCAGCAAUGGACCCAGUAGCGCCGGUGCCGGCAUGGGUGUCGGUGUGGGCGGAGGCGGAGGCGGUGGCGGUGGCGGAGGAGGAGGCGGGGUUGGUCAGUGCAGUCCGCUGGGAUUGCCGCCGCAGAGCCAACCGCUCCAACCGACAAUAGGAUCGCUGGCCUCGCUGGGCGGUCACUACUCGAACGGGAAUGCCAAUCCGAAUGUGAACUCGAGCAGCUGCAGCCUGGCCACAGCCUCCAGUUUUGCCCAAUCCGCCGGCAGCAGUUUCUCCACAUAUCAACAGGCUGGUGGCGCCAGCGGCGGCGUCUCUGGCGAGGAUGGUGUGGUGGGCGGAGCAACUGUGAUGUCGCACUGGACGCACGAUGGCACUGGCUCGAGUGCAGCGGUCAAGUCGGAGUCCCGCAGUCCGGGACAAGUGCACGCUGCGCUGGACAACGGCUCGGUGGCCGGCUCCAAUUUGUACGGCUGCAGCUCGGCCAGCAAUCCGCUGGACGGAGGAGCAGUGGCGGUCAACUCCUCGGCGGUGGCAGCAGCAGCAGCAGCGGUCUACGAUGGCAAACACGACUACUACUACUACAACAGCAUGCAGCAGUACACGCCGCCGCCGUUCUACUCCGGAUACGGAACUCCUUAUGCGGCGGCAACGGCUGCCCGCCAGGCCAAGAUGGAACCCGGAGCGGCGGCUGCAGCGGCGGCCUACUUGACGCCCAGCUAUGCCGCCAGUGGCAACAACAACUCGCAGCUGUACAGCAGCCCGUAUGCCGGGUACAACAACUUCGGGCAGCAGGACUACGGCGGUUACUACAACGAGCAGUACGGCAACUACUACAGUCCGGCCAACUACUCUCCGUACGCGGUCAGCUCGCCCAGCUCGAGUGCGAGUCAUGGACACGGCUUCCAUGUGGCGGCCUCCUCGAAUCUCUCCGAGAGUCCCACGGACACCCACUCGACGACGCCGGUGCACCAGACCACCCACUCGCCGCACUCCCCGCUCCCGAUCUCGCCGAGCACCGGCUCCGGAAUUGGCCCACUGGGCAAUGUGUCCGCCGCUGCUGCGGCCGCUGCUCUCAACUCCAGCGGAGGAAGUAGUGUGGGCACCGCCGGAUCGGGUGGCGUGGCAGCCAGCAAGACCACACCCACCGGUAAGACGGGACGGGCGCGUGGUAGACGCCAUCAGCAGCCUAGCCCCACCAGAAGCACUGCCUCGGACACUGGCAACAGUGAGGCGGUGAAGCCACCGGAGAGGGUGUUCGUCUGGGACCUGGACGAGACCCUGAUCAUCUUCCACACGCUGCUGUCGGGCAGCUAUGCCAACCGAUACACCAAAGACCACAGCUCCCUGAUGACCAUCGCCUUCCGCAUGGAGGAGAUGGUCUUCAACAUGGCCGACACGCACUUCUUCUUUAACGAGAUCGAGGAGUGCGACCAGGUGCACAUCGACGACGUCAGCUCGGACGACAAUGGCCAGGACCUGAGCGCCUACAACUUCGCCACGGACGGCUUCCACACGAACACUCCUCCAGGCGCCCCGCCCAAUCUCUGCCUGCCCACCGGCGUGAGGGGCGGCGUCGACUGGAUGCGCAAGCUGGCCUUCCGCUACCGCAAGAUCAAGGACAUCUACAACAGCUAUCGCGGAAAUGUGGGCACCCUUCUGGGACCCGGAAAGCGAGAGGCCUGGCUGCAGAUCCGCUCGGAAAUCGAGGUGGCAACCGACAACUGGGCCACGCUGGCGCUCAAGUGCCUGAGCAUGAUCUCCCAGCGGGAGAACUGCGUCAACGUGCUGGUCACCUCCACGCAACUGGCCCCGGCGCUGGCCAAGGUCCUGCUGUUCGGACUGGGCGGCAUCUUCAACAUCGAGAACAUUUACAGUGCGCACAAAAUCGGCCAUGAAACCUGCUAUGAGCGGAUCGUGACUCGCUUUGGCCGCAAGAGCACCUACGUGGUGAUUGGGGAUGGGAACGAGGAGGAGACCGCCGCCAAGGCCAUGAACUUCCCCUUCUGGCGCAUCUCCGCCCACAGCGACAUUCGCGCCCUCUACACUGCCCUCGACAUGGGCUUCUUAUGAAAGGCCAAACUGUAAGGGAUUCGAAGCGGUUUUGAGUACAAACAGCAAAAUGUUUAAUUAAUUUAUUAAUAUGUAUGUGUGUUUGUGUGUGUGCCUGUGUGUGCGUGUGUGUGUGUGUGUGAGACAAGCAACAAAUGGAAACUGUAAACCAGCGCAAAAUAAUUUAAUUAUUUUGUUUAAACAAUUAUCAUUUAACGCCAAGACUUUUUGUAUUAUAUAGUUUUUAAACACCUAAUCAACGAUCGUAACAAUUCUCGCACGAAGUUGUUCAAGUGUGUAAUUAAUAAUAAUUUAACGAUAUACGUAUUUAGCACACUAAAGUAGCAAAUAAAAACAGAAAAUAAUAGCAUCCUGGCCGAAGAAAAAGCGGAGCAAACACAACAAAAAUUAGUUUAAAGUUCUUAGUUUAAAAGCUGAAGCAUAAUUAUAAUGAGUAUAAAUAAUUCGACAAAGCCGUAGUAUUCAAAUUUUAAAUAACUAUUAUAUAGCUGCAUAUAUUAAACUAUAUUUAAAAUAUAAAACCAAGUAAUAAAAGAGCAAAUCCAACAGCAACGCACUCUAUUAAAGCAUAAAA